GAAGAAGAUGGACAGGAUCUGCGAUGCUUGGCACUGCAAGUUUGGUGGAAUAGCACAAGAAUGAUGACCACCGACACAACCACUGAUUGUGCGCAGCGAAAGCAAGAGGGAAGACAACGCGGAGUUGCUGGUACACCCGGCCAGCCCACCAAGUCCAUGUUAAACUUGAGCUGACCAGAAAGACGUCCUGAAACUGAAAAUCAACCCCAAAAUGCUCAAUUUUCAGAAGCUGUCUCUUCUAUGGAUGCUGCUGUUUCUGGUAGGGAAUCCUGCGACCGGCAAGAACCACUUCGCCGAUAAAUGUGGCAACGUUCGCAUUCAAUUUCCAUUUUAUCUCAGAAAUAAAAACUUGAAUCACACCACCGACUACCCGCCUGAGUUCGGUCUGUUAUGCACCCAACAAACAAUUCUGGAGCUGCCUGCCCUUCCAAUACAAUUGUUUGUCACAGAAAUUGGUUACGAAUAUAUGCUAAUUAGAGUAUAUGACCCCCAAAAUUGCCUUAAUGAUCAAAUUUUGAAACUCGGCAAGGCUUCCAUCUCUCCAUUCCGAUUUCGCACAGAUGAUACCAAGUCUCACGUUUCCGUCUUCCAAUGCGAUUCCUCGUGCCCAAUUUUUGUAGGAGGAUCCGACAUCGUCUCCACUGACCCCCAAUUGGUAUCCUGCACGAAGCUGAAAGAUGUUUACGUCGAAGGGUGGGCUUGGUACAAUGGGGGUAGGUUUGUUAUGGAAUGGUCAAAACCUGACUGUGGAGACUGUGAAGCACAAGGCCAAAAAUGUAAAUGGAAGAAUGGUACUAACGGUGCGACUGAAUGUUAUUCUAGCCAAACAAAAAGGAUUCCCACGUCAACUGUCGUCCGCAUUGCUGCAGGAAUAGGUGGUUUCAUGCUUUUGCUGCUAUCGGUCAUGGCAUUGUUUUAUACAUAUGACUUCUAUAAGAAGAGAGGAGAAGACCAGGCUCGAAUAGAGAAAUUCUUGGAGGAUUACAGGGCAAUGAAGCCUACCAGGUUCACUUACGCUGACAUCAAGAGAAUCACAAAUGGUUUUAGUGAGAGUUUAGGGGAAGGAUCUCAUGGAGCAGUGUUCAAAGGAAUGCUCUCUAGUGAAAUUCUUGUUGCUGUGAAGAUACUCAAAGACACAGUGAUAGAUGGAAAGGAUUUCAUAAAUGAAGUCAGAGCCAUUGGGAAAAUUCAUCACGUUAACAUUGUUCGCCUGCUUGGUUUCUGUGCAGAUGAGUUCCACCGUGCUCUUGUCUACGAUUUCUUUCCAAAUGGGUCGUUGCAGAGAUUCUUGGUUCAACCGGACAACAAGGAUGUUUUCCUUGGUUGGGAGAAGUUGCAACAAAUUGGUCUUGGUGUUGGGAAAGGGAUUGAGUAUCUCCACCUUGGUUGUGAUCAUAGAAUUCUUCACUUUGACAUUAAUCCUCACAAUGUUUUGUUAGAUGACCUUUUUGUCCCAAAAAUCACUGAUUUUGGCUUAGCCAAGCUGUGUCCCAAAAAUCAGAGCACGGUGUCGAUGACUGCAGCCAGGGGAACUUUGGGCUACAUUGCCCCCGAGGUUUUCUCUCGGAACUUUGGUAAUGUGUCUUACAAGUCUGACAUUUACAGCUAUGGGAUGUUGCUACUAGAAAUGGUUGGAGGAAGAAAGAAUACAAAUGUGUCAGUUGAGGACAGUUUCCAAAUUCUGUACCCAGAGUGGAUCCAUAACUUGGUGGAAGGAAAAGAUGUGCAAAUUAGCGUUGAGGAUAAUGCAGAUGCUAAAAUUGCCAAGAAACUUGCCAUUGUAGGACUUUGGUGCAUUCAGUGGAACCCAGCAGAUCGUCCUUCCAUGAAAACUGUGGUACAAAUGCUUGAAGGCGAUGGAUGUGAGUUAGUAGCACCCCCUUCUCCUUUUCAUAUUUCUGGUUCUUCUACAACAAAUACCAUUUUUCCGGCAAGGCGUCAAAAUUUUGAGUUGGAGGUUAUUCAUGAAAUAGAAGAAAACAGUGUCGAUCACUUUUAGGUUUCCUUCAAAUGCUAUCUCGCAUAUUUUAUUGGAGUUUUUAAGCUUCAUCAGUACUGUUGAUAUUUUAAUUAUUAUCCAUGUAAACUUGUUAAUCAACUUGUUUAAUUAUUACGAUCAGUCAUGAUUAAUUUUCAUUAGCUUCAACUUCAACGUACUCUCAGAAUUGAAAUUCUCAUAAUUGAAAUUCUUAGAGUUGAUUGACUUGUA